AUGGAGGAGUUUUAUAGGAAUAAAACAAUUUUUCUAACCGGCGGCACUGGUUUCUUGGGCUCAAUGGUCGUCGAGAAGCUUCUAAGAAGCUUCCCCGACAUAACGAAACUUUACUUGUUGGCUAGGAAGAAACAAACAAUUAAUUUUAUGGAGAGAAGCAAAGAAUACUUCAAAUAUCCUGUUUUUGAGCGAAUGAUUUCCAUGAAUCCCAAUUACUACAAGAAAGUCUGUUGGAUCGAAGGAGACUUGACAAUGCCUCGUCUAAACUUGUCCAACGAAGACAUGCAGGUGAUCAAAACCGUGGAUAUUGUUAUACAUCUUGGGGCUUCGAUAAAGAUGAAGAAUCCGCUUCGCGAGAUGAUCAAAAAUAAUUUGUUUGGAACGGCGGAGCUGCUCAAGAUCUGCUCAGACAAUACAAAUAUAAAAGUUAUAUAA